ACCGUCAACUUCCAGGCCUGAGAAGUUUAUUCACCUCAUUCCAGUUCUCACUCUUCUUUGCUUCCUCAUCCUCUAUCUCUCCUCUCAUGCUCCAUCUCAAUCAGAUUUGGCUCAUUUUGCUCAAUUCAAGCGCUCCUCUAAGCAGCUGGAUUCAAGUGAUGAAAUCGGCGAUGCCGGUGGAUUUGUUGAUCUCCGUAAAGGUGAUAUUCUGGCGAUUAGAAGUCUAAGGAAUCUGCA